AAGUGUGAUUGUGGCGAAACCAGGGACACAACGAGGGCUUUGUCUCCCCCAAUUUCGUUAACUGCAUCGGAAAAAAAAUACAUCGUUAAUAUAUCCCUAAGCAGCCCGGAGUUUGUAGUGAAGCACGUGCAACACAAUUCUGAUCCCGACAAUAAUAUUUUGUCCUCCUCCUCCACUUGUACAGUCCUUUUGAGGCGAUUAUUAGUGGAUGAUAUGGUAUGCGAGAGCCGACCCCACACCGAGCCCCGGAAGCACAUCAUUCAUGGUAUCGAAGACCAGGACACCAAAUCUGUUGUAUUCUCAGUCCUUAAUUUUUGCUCCUACUGCUGCAAUGCUAAUUCUGAUAAUUGUCAUUGUGAUAAUAGUGAUCCGCUUAGGUUUCUUUCUAGUUUCGAGGACAUGGACAUGACCAACCUAAAGCAGCCGCUGUUUGGCGAAGAAAACACAUUUCGUAUUGUAGGCCACUGUGACGGUAUCAUUUGUGUCCAACUUAAUGCUGCAGAGGUGUUGUUAUGGAACCCAGCAAUUCAUGAGGCACCCAAGCUACUGCCUCCGGAGCCGUACCUAGAUGUCGACAUUGGUUCAUCAAUGCGUGACAUGUCACGGGCCCUGGGAUUUGGCUAUGAUCCUAAAACCAAUGAUUACAAAGUUGUUGACAUUGGAUAUCCUGGCUAUGAAACAUAUGGUGAUGGUGGAAAUGACCUUAUAAUUUAUACGCCAAAACCAGUAGUGUACAGUUUGGGGACGGAUACUUGGAGAGAGAUCGCGACGGGCUCUCUGGAAACUGAAACUACAAACCUUUGGCCGGAGGAUUUCCAGUUCUACUUAAAAGGGAUGUGUUACUGGGUGGGGCACGAGCAAUCUAAGUUGAUCGACGGCUGGGGUGACAUGCUGGUGGAAGACAUUAGGGAUGUGAUCAUUUCGUUUGAUAUGAGGGAUGAGGUGUUUCAUGAUAUACUGUUGCCGCAUGUAUAUUGUUUAAGCCCAACGAUUUUUUAUAAUAUACGGCUUCUGCUGUGGAAUCAUAAGUCUGUUGCUCUUUUUGGAUGCUGUGGUUGGGGACGCAAUGAUGAAUCCUUUGGAAUAUGGGUCCUGCAUGAAGAAUUUGGAAAUCGGCCGAACAAUAAUUAUUAUAAUGCUACUUGGACCAAACACCAUGCUUUUGAUCUCACUUUGACCCACAAGCCUUUGGCAUUUUGGAAGAGCGAUGAGAUUCUUUUGGCUUCUAUUUCUACAGAUCGUUAUCAAUCUCUAGUCUCCUACAACCUCCAUACAAAAGCAUCAUCUCAGUGUCUUCCUAUUCUAGGCGUUCCGGACGGUUUUGCCGCUGUUAUUUACAUGCCUAGUAUGGUUUCUGUUUUGGGAUUUAAUAAAUUUCACAAUGCGUCAACCAAGGUCUUGUAACUCAAGUGAUUAAGAAUAUUAUUUACUAUGCA